AUGUCUUUGAUGUUAAGCAGAUGCAUUUUAACUUCGGCUAGGCUAGGGCACACUGAACUAAUUUAAAAUGGAUUUAAGCGAAACAUUUAAUUUUAGUUCGUGAGUAACGAUGUUAGAACAUGUCAAGCAGGUAACCACUGGAUGCUACCUGUACGGAACUAACCUACAGUAAGCGAUAUAAACGUGGACAUCUUGAGCUGAAAUAAGCUGCCAACACACUAAGAUGAGAAGUAUUCUCGCGGUCAUAUUAUACUUUCUUGUUGUUGUCAACCUAGAGACCCAAGGAAUACGAGCUUCGCCAGAGAGAAAAUGUGAAGCGUCCAGCGAAACUUGCGAGUUCUGGCUAGUAGUCGACGAAAAACUGACGAUGAUGCACGGAGCAGAUUUGGUCCUCCCCGCCAACGGGAGUUUGUACCGCUAUGACGUAACUAAUACGUCAUCAGCCACACCAAUACCAGUUGAUGAGGUCAUAACCGGGGAUGGUUUUGAGGAACCUAGGCUCGUAAUAGUAGUAAAUGGAACGAUGCCCGGUCCAACCCUGAGCGUGUAUGAAGGACAAACUGUUCUCCUUCAUGUGCGGAAUAGUCUUCUUUCUGAUGAUGUCACCAUUCAUAUCCACGGACUUCCCCAGAGCGGCACACCUUGGAUGGAUGGGGUGGCUUAUAUUACCCAGUGUCCCAUCCAACCAGGGCAGUCUUUCACCUACAAAUUCAAAGCAGCUCCCAAAGGGACUUACUGGUAUCAUUCCCAUAUAGGAUCCCAAAGGACAAUGGGUCUGUUUGGCGCCUUUAUUAUUUAUGAGCUUCCUGAAAACAGCGAAGAAAGAUACGAAGAUGAAGAGUUUGUUUUAUCUCUACAAGAUUGGAACCCUAAGAGAGAAGCUGAUUUCGGUUACCAACAGAUGAAGACGGACAUUUUCCUCGGCCGCCAAAGGUAUACCACUACCACGUCGCUGGACGGAGGCAGAUACAGCAAGUUUUACAUGACUUCCGGUUUAAUAAAUGGACGUGGCCGAUAUUACGACCCCGAGACAGGCCUCCAUAAUGGCGCACCCAUAGAGACAUUUAGGGUAGAAUCGGGGAAAAGAUACAGAUUCCGUGUCAUAGCAGCGGGAGAACUCUACCCAUUCCGAUUCUCCAUAGACGGACAUUUCCUAGAAAUCAUUGCGUCCGAUGGAUAUGAAAUAGAACCUGUGGUUGUCCAAUCUUUCAUAAUAAAUCCUGGAGAAAGGUAUGACUUCAUUCUGACGGCCAACAACAGCAUCGCAAACUACUGGAUAAGAUCAAAGACUUUGGAAAUUGAAUACAACCAUAUUGCUGAAGCCCGUUUACAUUACGAAGGAGCAGAUGAGAGCGACCCAAGUACCGAACCGCAGAAGUGCUUCGAAUCGCAAAGGUGUCUUGUGUUAAAUUGCCCGUUUGUUUACUAUCCAGCGGAAGCAUAUACAGACUGCAUGUUUGUUCACCAGUUACGAUCCCGAGAGAAUGCACCCAUUCCAUUCGCAGAAUCAGGCAAAUUCAAGGAAGUCUUUUUAAACUUCGCCAUGCCGCGUAUGAUUGGGUCAGUUAAUGGCCGGGCCUUUCAGCUGCCACCGGUGUCGGCUUUGACUCAGCCACAAGAAAUUGAGACACCCUGCGAAAGUGCGGACUGCGGUGAAGACAGGCUGUGUAGAUGCUCACACUCUUUAUCUUUUGAGCAAGGAGAUGUUCUCCAACUCGUCAUGACAAACUUAGGCUCAGGCAAGGGGAUAGUUCACCCUAUUCACAGCCAUGGACACGCGUUUUAUGUUCUUAAAAUGGGGUAUGGAAUAUAUAAUCAAACGACUGGAGCAUUCAUGUCCUCUACUACAGAUAUUAACUGUAACACUGGCCCAAAUCAAAGCUUCUGUAACAACCCUACUUGGUUGGACCCAACCUGGUCUGACGGUAACGUCCCUGGACUCAUUACAGAGGAUGCCCCACGGAAAGACACAAUCAUCGUUCCGUCAGGAGGUUACGUUGUACUGCGUCUGGUAGCCGAUAACCCUGGGCUGUGGUUCAUGCACUGCCACAUCGAGAUGCAUACACUAGAUGGAAUGGCGCUGGUGUUGAACGAGUCUUUCUACGAAGUGCCACCACCGCCACCAGGCUUCCCUAAGUGUGGAAACUUUAGGAUAAGCGACAAUCAAAUUAUAGACUCCUGGGGACCCACAUCGAACCCAAUUGACACCCAGGGUUAUUACUGCGGGGGAACAUUUUGGGGAGUAACAAUAUGUCUGCUGGCUAUAAUCGUGGCACAGUUCGUCAUCUACCUGAGAACUAGGCCUUGUAAAGGGAUUAACCGAUUUCGUGGAUAUGAGGUAGUAAAGGAAUAAAAGCUUUACCGAAAAUGAACAUACAUGUACAUGUUGCUUUUGAGGAAGGCAACGAGUGCAAAUGCAAUGAGGAACAUAUUUUUGAAGUCCGGUAUAAAUGGACAAACUGUGUUGUAUAUCACCCUUAUUAAACAUCUAUACAAUUCUAUAC